ACGACCAGCAAAAUGGAGCUGCCAGUAGUCCUUGUUUUCGUACUGAGUGUCAUCCCAUUUGGAGCCCAGGGCGCUGUACACGAUGAGCUGCCCCAGUGCGGCCUACAUGGAGUCUACAGGCAGCGGCAGAGUCUCGUCGAAUCGCCCAACUAUCCGGACAACUAUCCAGUGAACACCUGCUGGGAUUAUGUGGUGCGAUCUCCUUACCGCUGCCCCACCAAGUUUCACAUACAGUUCCUGGACUUCAAGCUGGAGCUAUCGGAGAACUGCAGUCGGGAUUACUUGGCCAUUGGCCUGAACAACGACGGCGACGACAUGGACGUCUUGUGCGGCCAGGUGCUGGGUAUCAAGAAGUAUCACACUCCCGAUGGCGUCCUGCGUCUGCGCUUCCUCAGCGAUGAUUCCCCUUGGACGACGAACGGUGGCUUCCGCUUGCUCAUCACGCGUUUGGCCUGCGAAAGGGAGGAUUUGGUGGCCAGGGGUCUGGACGAUGACGAGGAGGAUGUCGAUGGGGACACGGUGCAGGUGAGCGCCAAGUCGCCUCCGAAGAAGCUGCUCACCCAGCACCACCAUCACCACCUGCCACAGCAAAGCCCCCAGCAGCAGCAACUGGAGCCAGCUUUCAACUAUACGCAACCAAAUCGCUUGGGGUUUAACUUGGGCUUGCCAGGUCAACCAGGUCUUGGUUAUCCUGCUGGAUUAUACCCACCGCCUGCGGGAUUACCUCCCCAGUACUCACCGCCUUGUGCUCCCCAGCAACAACAGCAACUGCAGCAGCAGCAGCAACUGUUGCAACAGCAGCAGGAACAGCAACGAUUCCUGCAGCAACAGCAACUGCAACAGCAGAUCCUGCAUCAACAGCGACUGCAGCAGCAGGCUUUGCAGCAGCAGCAACUGCAGCUGCAGCAACAAGUGCAACUGCAACAUCCGCAGCAGCUUCAGCUUCCCCAGCAGCAGCAACAACAGCAACAGCAAGAGUUGCCCCUGAUUUCCGAUCAAUAUCAGACCACAUCCUUUCAGCCACAUGCUGUUACUCUCAAGGAUUACGAUUCCCAGACCUUGCAGCAGUUUGGUGGUCAGUUGGAUCUGUGCUGUGCCAGCAGCUUCAAUCAGAAUCACUUCUAUCUCUCCAGUCCCGGAUUUCCAAGGACAGUCUUGAACUAUCUGCUGCCCAAUCAGCAAAGGGAUUGCGUAUUCUACAUAGAGAAGAGCUCUCCAAAUGUCUGCCGUUUGCGGAUCCAGUUCAAGUUCUUUGAUUUCGGUCAGAAUUCAGGAGGCUCAAUUGGAGGCAGUUUUGGCGGAGGAUUCGCAGGAGGAGUUUCCACUGGAUUGGGCGGCGGUCUCAGUGGCGGUUUCGGAGGCCAACCUAAUUGCAAUGGUGACUUCCUGGAGCUGGAUGGUCAGCGAUACUGCGGCUGUCGUUCGGGCUACGUCCACAAAUCGCAUUGGGACCAGGGCCGCAAGGCGUUGCGCAUGCGCAUAGGACAGUCGAGCAGCACCACGUCCAAUGGCUUCCUGCUGGAGAUAUUCCAGGAUCAGGACUCCGAUGGCUGUCGUCAGGAUGCAGGCCAAGGAUUUGGAUUGGGUCUGCAGCAGCAGCAACCUCAAAGGGGAUUGGGCUUGUGGCCGCAGGGGUUACAGCCUCAAUUGGGUUUGCAACCCCAGUUGGGAUUGCAGCCUCAGUUGGGAUUGCAGCCUCAGUUGGGAUUACCACCACAAACAACACAAAUGUGGCCCCUGCAAGCCGGAUAUCCUGGCUAUAUCAGUGGAUAUCCCCUACCCUUUGCGGCCACUCCAUAUCGAACGGCGAGAAGGAUUUCCUAUGCCCGCGGAAUCGAUGCUCAGCAGCCAUCGAGAGUGGUGGAAACGAACUCCACGCGCAAGGAGUUCUACUACUUCGACGGCGAUGAGGCCUUUGCCCGUGCUGCUCUAGACGAUGAGGAUGAGGAUAAGGCUCAACUGGGCGUCACAACUCAGCCACAGUCUCCAUCCCAAUCCGCAGUUAAGCCAGAGUCACCUGUGGUUACGAAAGCCUUCGAGCAAAGCAGUUGCUCCUUUGAUUACAUGGAGGUACUUAAACUUUCAGUCGACACUCUCUGGCUAACCAAACCCUUGUGCUUUUCACCUCUGAGAAGUUGGUUCCCAAACAUUUUUGGAUAA